AUGCACAAAAGGGAGUAUUUAACUGAAGCAGACAAUGCAUGGAGACAAAAUGAGUUUAUUGCUCAAAAGCAAGGUUCAAUGGCAGUGCGGGAAUACAUUAAUAGAUUUGAAGAACUUUACCGAUUCAAAGAGGGGCUACAAACCGUUUUGAAGAAUGAGCUAUCAUUGUAUGAAGGAACGCAGUUCAGAGGCUGGGUAGAGAAGUCGAUUGAAAACGAAAAGCUUAGAGAAGAGCUUCAACAAGAGAAGACGAGAGGAUCUAGAGGUAAUAGAGUACCCUGGUCUUGGUCUGGUUCACAGAGAUCUCAGUCAAAUGAUAGUAAUUUCUCAGCGAGACAACCAACAUCUACUGUCAGUAGUGUGUUUAGCUCAGGUCGUGGUAGAGGUUACCAAGGUACUGUUAAUAGAGGUGGUCGAACGUCAGGCUUUGAUAGAGGUUAUGGUCGAGGUUCUAGGUUUAAUGCGAAUAAGGAAGGCGGAGCCUCAACUUCAACACAACCUAUGCUAGGUACUCAGAUUACUAGACCUGUUGUACAACCUAAUGUAUUUGCUUUAACUCCACAAGAGGCAGUUGUUUCUCUAGAUGUUACUUCUGGUAGGUUAACUAUAUUUAGUAGGGAUGCUUAUGUUUUAACUGGCCCUGGUGUAACACAUUCUUUCAUUGUGUCAUCAUUCAUAUCAUGCAUACCUCGGGAUAAGAGUGUGAUGAACCAUGCUUUAGUUGUAGAUUUGCCAGUGGGUCAGUCAGUAGUUUGUCAGCAUGUUUAUAAAGAUUGUGAGAUACAGAUUGGGGAUCCUAAGUUUGAGGUAGAUUUAGUACCUUUUCCACAUUAG